AUGGAGGUCCUAGGUGUGCAGUCAUUUAUCGAAUAUUUAAAGCCCUUUUCGAACAAGGAAUUGGUGAGUCCAGCAGAAGCUUCACGUAUUCUGCUAAUAAUUACCGAGCUCCUCAUUGAUCAUACGGUCGACUUGGACUUAUUAAAAUUUCUAAGUAGGUUCUUAACCCAACAAACAUAUGAUGAAAUAAUAGAAGAAAAGAAUAUAGAACAUCAGUGUGGAUAUAUAUUAUGUAACAAUUCUCCAAAACAACAAGUUCGUCGUCUAUCAUCUAAUAGUAAUGGGACGACAUUGACAGGUAUAGGCGAAAUUUCAACAUCCACCAAAUUUCAGAUCUAUAAUCGAAAGCCAUCCAUGAUAUUACCAAAUACGUAUCUCUCCCAAUAUUGCUGCAAGGAACACUAUCAAGCUUCGUUAUUUUAUCGUAACCAAUUAUCACAAGAAGCGGUAUUUGCAAGAAAGGAUAUCCUCAAAGUUAGCCCAUUUCCUACUGAUUAUCCGUCAACUUGGUACGAAAAUGGAAUUACAUGCCUCGAAGAGGUAUUGGCCAAGCAUAAAGAAUUGAAAGAACAAGGAAAGUCGUUGAGUGAAGUUAUAUCCAUGAUGAAUGGUUUAUCUGUCGUGGAUGAAUCAAGAAGUAAUGAAACCAAUGAAUUGAUUAAGUUGAUUGAAGACUUUGAAAUUGUUGAAAAGGAGGGUGGUUUAGAAGGUGAUGGUCUUCCAGAUGAAAGUCAGUAUCUAGAUAGGGAAGAAAUGUCUACCGGUGUUGAUGGUUACUACACCACUGAUACAAGUUUUGGAGGCUACGUUGUAUAA